CUAGUCCCCCCCCUCUCUAUCUUCCCUAUCAAACUCAGACCUUAUCUUGAAUCUUUUUUUCCUACCGGAAGAUCUCCUGGUUUUUGUAUACCCACUUGAGAUACGGAGUUUGAACUUUUUAUCUCCCAUUAGCACACUCUAAAAAAGGGACACGAACAAUGUCACGAAGAAACGGAACGGCCGCCGCCAAUGAGCAGAAGCCAUUGGUUUCACCAGAGGAUCAAGCAAAGGUAUCUGCGCUCGCUGACGAUGACCGACAUUUCUCCAUGAUCAGGGCGCUCCAUAUGGCCGAUCUCAUCACUGAGCUCAACGGUUUCUGCGGAGCGAUGAGUAUCUUUUCAUCACUGCGAUACUGUCUUGGUAGCCCUGACGACCUCACCCAACUUUGGCUCGCCAUGACUUUCAUGCCAUUCGGACUCUUCUUUGACUUUAUGGAUGGGAAGGUGGCUCGCUGGAGGAAGAAGAGCUCCUUGAUGGGACAGGAGCUUGAUUCCCUCGCAGAUUUGAUCUCCUUUGGCAUGGCCCCGGCUUCUUGUGCCUUCGCUCUCGGCUUUCGUACGUUCCUGGAUACCAUCAUCCUCACGCUUUUCGUUCUCUGCGGCCUCUCGCGUCUCGCGCGCUUCAACGUGACGGUUCAAUCUCUCCCCAAAGACGCUACGGGAAAGUCCAAGUACUUUGAGGGCACACCGAUCCCUACUACCCUCUCCAUCGUCAUGGCUAUGGCAUACUGGGCGCACAAGGGAUGGUACUUGGGCAACUUGCCUCUUGGCACUGCCGGAGCCGGGUUGUUGGAGUUCCACCCUGCAGUCUUGAUUUUUGCCGCCAGCGGUUGCGCAAUGGUCUCCAAGUCGAUACACAUCCCUAAACUUUGAGUAGACGUUCACCAUGUACGAAUGCUCUUGCUAUGAUUUUUGUCGACUUUCUUUUCUUAUGCCCUUGACCGAAAAAGAAAGUGAAAGAUACGAAAGGAAGGGACGACGAAUCGUUACAAGCAUAACGGGUGUUUUUUUUUUUUUUUUUCGUGGGGUGUCUGUCUUUGUGGUUUUGCCUCUUUUAUUUCUUUAUUUAAAAUAUAUCUCGUGGAGCAAAC